GCCGACGGUUUUUGUUAUUUUAACACAACAUUCCAAGGUCGCCCAACACCAGUCCGUCCUGUUGAAAUCUCUGCAAUCAUAUUAAGUCACGUUAAAAAGCAAAUUGAAGAAAGUGUGAAUUAUGACCCUCAAAGACAGUCGAUGAAAGUUGUUGUGACACACCCCGUCUUUUUUGAUCAAAAACAAAGGGAUUUAACCGAAGAAGCAGCAAAAAUAGCGGACCUUGAUGUCAUUGGAUUAAUAUCAGAACCCACAGCAGCUGCAUAUAAUUAUUCACUCAAAAAUAUACCAAACGGAAUGACCUUUUUCUUUGACUUUGGAGGAGGAACUUUAGACACUGUUGUUGGCGAGAAGAAUGGCGGUCAUAUUAAAUUCUGUGGUAUUCACGGCGACAAAAACCUUGGUGGUAUUGACAUCGAUAACGCACUUUUAUAUUUUGUUAUUAAUGAGUGGAAGGAAUACAAUGAAAAUGAGAUAAACAACUUAUUUAAAGUGCAAAAUGGUGAUAGCACGACAAUACAAAAGAAGAAAGUAUCACGAAGGCAAUCACUCAAGAAUUUGAUUGAAAAUGCAAAGAUCGAGUUGUCUGUCAAAGAAAACGUUUCACUAGAAUUCAUCAAAUUCGGCAGUGAAUUUUCAAUAAUAAUUACUCGGGAUAUUUUGGAAGAGUGUUGUUUGUCAGUUUUUCAGAGGUGCGAAGAAACAAUAAACAAAACACUUGAAAAGGGUAAAGUACAAGCUUCAACAAUAAAAAGUGUCAUUUUAAUUGGUGGAAGUUCUCAAAUACCCAAAGUGAAAGAAAUGCUGAGAAGAGUUUUUCCAAAUCGACAAUUGUUGGAUUGUGAAGACGGUAAUUUGGUUAUUGCUAAAGGAGCCUGUUUGUAUGCACGAGACAUGGCUUCACAAACAGUCAAAAAUCAUAUCACACAAAUCACUGCAAGAGACGUGAAUACAGUAUUAUGUCAGCUUAACAUUCGAGAACGUAGUAUAAAACAUGUAUUGGUCACAAUAAUUGAUAAGGGAACACCACUUCCAGUAAAAGAUGUUACUUUUAGUGUCCCAACAAUCACACCAACUGUUACUGUCAUUCUUUUAGAAGACACAGAUUUGAUUGGAGUUUUUAACACUACAUUGAAAUUUGAAUUUUGGGAUGAAAUCACUUUCAAAAUCCAAGUUGAUGAAUUUGGAAAAAUCAAAUUGGUUGUACUAGACAAAGACGGACAUCAAGACCCAGAACAAAUUGUUGUUAAUUUGACCAAAAAACAGACAGAAGAAACAAAAGAUAUUCUAAAGUACAAAGAAAAUCUGAAAAAGUAUUUGGGAUGUUAA